AUGCAAGCCACGAGCGCCACCGGGCCUGCCGCCUCCAGCGACACGCGUGCCUCACUCUCGCGCGCGUCCACCGCCUCCAAAUGUGUCGAAAUUCGUGCUGUCAAUGAUCCCAAUGUUGACUGGAGGUCGCUGUUCGUGGAAGGCCCAGAGCUCCGUGACGCCCUCGAAGAUGACUCCUCCCAUUCAGCCUCAGAUCCUGAUGAAGGUCUGCCCUCGCGCGCACAGUCAAAUCUUGAGCCGUCGGGGGACAUAGCAGGCAAUCAGGCGGUCAAUGAUGGUGCUCAGCUCCUGGAGAGCAUCUUGGCGACGCUGCAGUUCAUGAAGAGCCGUGGACUGAGACUCUCCGACUUCCUAGACGCGAUACUAUGGGGCAACAAGGCAUGCAUUCACAACAACGUUGUCCGCGGCUCGCGCACUCAGUUGACGAGAAGCCCGCUUCUCCCGCGCAUUCUCUGCCACCUCUAUCAUCCUCCGCGCAUCAGUCAUGGCACGAGGCCUUACGGCACAACAAGCAUGAUGCGUGAGGUCACGUGCAAGAUCAUGGAAGAGGAGAUGGAAUGCGAGAUGAGGUCCUUGUCAUUGGUUCUCUACUCAAAGGCGAACUUGGACCUCACAGAUGCCGAGCUUGAUUUGAUCUCCCUCUCCUUGAUAAUCUCCCAAAUCCGCACCAAAGCGCCUCUCUCUUGUUGGGAUUGCUUACUCUACACCUCCGAAACAGUCUCUCUGCUUGCUUAA